AUGGCGGGCAGGUUACUUGCUUCAGUCGUCUUUGGAGUCUGUGUCUUUGGAGUCUCAGCGGCUCCGAGCCCUUUCAAGGGGGAGUAUAUUGGCGUCCCCGUCUCAAAUCCAGACAUCGCCCAAGCGAUCCCGCACUGUUACAUCGUGGUCUACAACAGCACCUUCGACCAAAAUGUCGUCCAGCAGCACCAGGCGAGCGUCAUCAAGUCAAUAGCAAAACGAAACAUUGGUAGGCGUGGCGAGAGGUCGGGAAACCUCCUCUCCACAAGUGUACGCACCUUCAAGAUCAACAAAUGGAACGCCAUGGCCCUCGAGGCCGACGACCUGAUGAUCAACCAAAUCUUCGCAGACGAGGCCGUCAGCUACAUCGAGCAGGACGCCUACGUCGGCCUGGAUGCCAAGCUCAUCCAGCGUCCAGCAACGACAGGACUGGGACGCAUUAGCCAUGCCGCCACCGGAAACAGGGAGUACAUAUUUGACAGUUCAGCCGGCGAAGGCAUCACGGCGUUUGUUGUCGACACGGGUAUUCGAAUCCAACACACAGAGUUUGAGGACCGGGCAACAUUUGGGGCCAAUUUCAUCAACAAUGUGGACGAUGACGAAAACGGGCAUGGGAGUCACGUUGCAGGAACGAUUGGCGGCAAAACUGUAGGCGUUGCCAAAAAUGUCAAACUCAUUGCUGUCAAAGUUCUCGAUGCGGAGGGGUCCGGGACAAACUCUGGUGUCAUUGCUGGCAUGAAUUUUGUGGCCGAGACCGCUACUUCAAGUAAACUAAGCGGCAAAGCCGUCAUGAACAUGUCGCUUGGCGGUGCUUUCUCAAACGCCGUCAACGCCGCCAUCAACGCCAUCGCCAAUGCUGGCGUGGUCCCCAUUGUCGCAGCUGGCAACGAGGCACAAGACACUGCGAGAACCUCUCCGGGCUCUGCAGAAGCCGCCAUCACAGUCGGCGCAAUCGAUCAGACAACCGACCAGAUAGCAUCGUUCUCGAACUUUGGUCGCUUAGUCGACAUUUUUGCCCCCGGCGUCAACGUACGCAGCGUGGGAAUCACAGACAACUCAGCUUUCGCUACGCUGAGUGGCACCAGUAUGGCGUCACCACAUGUUGCCGGACUAUCGGCGUAUCUAAUGGCGCUGGAAAACAUCACCAGCGUGGCAGCUGUUUCGAACCGCAUCAAGGAUCUGGCCAGGGUGACAAAGGCAACCGUGAAGGGCAGCCCUCGGGGAACUACCAACCUGAUCGCAAACAACGGAAACCUGAAUGCCUAG